GAUAGCACACGAAUAGAUUGGGACGUGGCUGCUAGGGAGUUAGCCGUCAGUCUAACAAACAAAAUAAAUCGUCUUGUUACCACAAAACACGUCCAGUACAAAGUAAACUUAACUAAAAUGCAACUUAGAAAGUUGGACAAAUCAGAGGGGACCGCGUUGCAGCCCGCAGCGGGAAGAUUAACAAACCAAUUAAUAUCGGACGGUAAAAUAAUAAUUGCAAUAGAAAGAGAUUCGGACGUUUUUCUAGAGAAAAUGGACACGCGUUUCUUACCAUACUUACUACAAAUGACUGACGAAAUAAUAAACGGAAUGACUAUGAGACUGAUAGAGAAAUUGACUGAGGAACUGGUAGGGGAAAUAGUGAGGGAAACCUUAGAGGGAACGUCGGGGGAACACACGACUAUUGGUAUGCAAAGCCCCGAGAAUCAUGUACGACGAGGGACCAUCAACAUGUGUUACAUCCCAACUCUUCAGCUGGUUAGUAUUCCCUUCAUACUAUUCCAUAGUCUAUGAAAAGGGAAAUGCUCUUUUAUAAAGAAAACAAAAAAGUUCUUCUAGCGCACCCCCAUCGUGCUGAUACUAAGCAGAGAUCGAUUUAUGGUUCUGGUUAGCAAAGUAUAAAAUUUGAAGAACAACUACGACUUGAUCAGAUUCGGCCUUACUUAGAUUCAUGACUGAAGAGUACUUCGUAGCAAAUUUCCUGAAAGAAAACUGUAAAGUUUUAAAGACAGCUUUUUCGUCUCGCGUAAAAUAACAACAUUGCUUGCUCAUGUUGAGGAAGCACCUUUGCCCAGUAACUGGAGCAACAUCAUGUGGUUUCUUAAGUUCCAAGAAAAGUUCAGGAUGUUCGCUUACCGUACACGAUCAAGUAGCCUUAAAGAGGAACUCAUAAAUUUUUCCGCAUCUUGAAAUCGUAGUCGCAUACUAUACGCAUAUUAUAUAUCUAUGUACAAGUAGGAAAUUGAAAGAUGACUCAGAUUGGAUAACUAG